CAAACUCGUCCACACACAAACACACACACACAUUCACACAAAUGGACUCCAUGCUGUUGAAUCUCCCACACGACACCUGAUCUCGAAGAGUUGCGGUAGAUGAGGACGAUGAGGAUGACUGUGAUGAAGACGAUGAGGAGUGUGUUGCUGCUCUCUCUGCUCUCUGUGGCCAAUGCUGACCAGCUCACGCCAGAACUGCAGCACCCCCACUUACUGACACGCCUCUCAGCAGCAGGACGAGAGUGUGUUAUUGGGGAGAUUAAGAGAGCUCUGCUGGGGGUCAAACAGUUGGGAGAGACGCUGGAGACACAACAACACACACACCUGCAGCUCAUGGAAACUCUCACACACUGCUACAACAAGAAGAGGGGUGCGGAACAGCUGGCUCAGGAGGCGAAGCAGAAGCUGCGAGAGGCGGAGCUCCGUUGCCAUGACACCCUGCGCUCCCAGUGGGCGGAGUGUCGCCCAUGUCUGGAGGAGAGCUGCCGCUCCUUCUACACCUCCACCUGUCGCCGUGACGACAACGCCUUCACACUGCAGGUGGGGGAGUUCUUCCGCAGGAUAGCAUCUCAUCUGGAUACAGAGGAAGAGCUGCACUAUCAGGACCCUGAAGAGAAUCAGAACCCUGAUGAUGUCCAGAACCCUGAGGAUGUCCAGAACCCUGAGCCUCAGACAGCAGAACCCCCAGGUGCGGACCCUGCUGACCCCGACGCCCCUGAGCUGACCAGCAGCUUGGCCGAGGGGGGAGGGGCCAUGGAGGCAGAGGCGGAGCUUCAGCAGCUGAGCGAAUCUCUGAACGAGGCUCGAGAGGAGGCGGGGACUCUCUACGCCCGCUGCCAGGAGACGGUUGCCGGGAUGCGCUCGGCGCUGGGUCCAGCCUUCCACGCGUCCUUCCGUGAGGAGCUGCGUCCACAGACCCUCCCUCCGACCGCGCUGGGCGAGGUCACACACACGCUGCUGGAGCUCGGACGCUCUGCCCUACAGGAAGUGGAGUCGGUGGUGCAGGAAGUCAACUCGGCCCUGCAGGAAGUAGAAUCAGCAGUACAGGAAGUAGGCUCCGCCCUGACGGGACUGUUCCAGGGGAUGACCAGCAACAACGGAAACGAGAAGAAGACAGGGGGGUCGCUAUGCCGACAGCUGCGCAGACAGCCGGCCAACUGCUGGAGGCUGCAGGAACGAUGCAUCAGCUGCAGACAUGCCCUCCGCACAGAGUGUCCUGGUGUGUCGCAGCAGUACGGGGAGCUGCAGGAGCUGGUCCUGCUGGUGAACGCGUCGCGGCGUCAGUGUUCCGAGGUGACGCAAGUGGUGCUGAGGCACGUGGAACACACCCUCCUCUGGGCCAAUCAGAUGACGGCAAAACACGCCUGGGUCACCCACAUCACCAACAGCACCAGCGCUCCCAAACACAUCUUCAGCAUCAGCAAGCUGGCUCUUGGGGGCGGUGACCUAUCGGACGGAUCAGUAUCGGAGGCGUGGCAGGUGGAGGCGUGUCUAUUGGACUCUCCACCAAUCCCCAUGUCUGUCCCCGCCCAGCUGGACCCCGUUGACCCCGCCUUCAUCAACUACGUCACACAAGAGGCCCUGGAGGUCUUUAAGAACUCAAUCCCUACAGAGAGGCCGGACCAUGAAUGAAGAGCACCUGCAAACACACACACGCACACACACACACACACACACUUGAGUGUCAGAACAUGGCUGCUACACACACACUCUCCUGACAGACAAGUCUAAGAA